GCAGUUUGACAGCGUUGUGUGAACGUUGGGAACAAAGAACUUUCCUCCCGCGUUAAAGUUACUUCGUUUCUAUACUCGCAGUACGAGUAUACUCGCAACCAAGUCGCGCAGAUAGGGACAUGCACAUUUACGUUUCCCACAGGUCAUAGUAAUUAAGCUCUAUUAGUCUGGCUCUUUGACUACUAUAAUAUUAGUCAUGUUUGUAAUACGUGUACAACUACAGACGAUAUGAAGCAUAUAUUUUCCGGGCGGUUGAAGGAAAUUUAAAAAAUAAUAUUGACCAGUUUGACAAAAUGAAUCAACGACAAGCCGAAAACACUUUAAGUGUGAUUUACACUCUAUGCACAUUUUUCGGUGCAACCGCAUCGAUCACCGCCGGAAUUGCCUGGAGCCAUUGGAAGGACACUCUUAAUCAGUGCGGCACCAACUUAGACUUCAGAAACUGCAGCUGCAUCUUUUAUGGAAAACACACACCGAACCACUUUUUGGGUGGCGACACUGCUUCAUGCGUUUGGAUAACUUUUGGACCUUUGCUGUAUGUCUUUAUAUCCGUUGGAUUUGCUUGUUAUCAUGGAUUUAGGGUGCUUUUUGGUGCCAAAGAAAAUACUACUCGAACAAUCACUAGUAAAAAUGAUGCUGGCGAGACGAUUAUCAUGCAAGCCGUGCAUCAUAACAAUAUCAGUCUGCUUUCACGCUGCUACUGGAUUUUUGCUGCGUCCAUGACCAGUAUUUUAACAUUAUAUUCUCUGAUUCACUUCUCUUUCUACAUUGAUGGCUAUUUCUACACGUGUCGCCAAUAUCGCCAGACUUUGGUCAAUCAACUUGGUAUCCAUGGCACCCUUUUGCCAGUUCUGCAUAAUCGUUUAGCGUGCAACGCGAUAUUUGAUUUCAUGGACUACAUCCAACCGGACACUGGAAACGCAUAUCGUGAUGGAUUUAUCAACACCGCUGCAGAUUUGAUCAUCGGCAUAAUAACGUCACUAUUUGCUUGGGUUUUGUUCUUGUAUGCGUCGGUACUGAAUAUUAUGUUUGCGCGGAAACGUGUAUAAGUAAAUAACAAAAUGAGACAUGAAAGAAGAAAACUUUUGGAUACAGAUGUACACUAUUGGAACGUAAAGGCAAGAGGAGAGAAAGAAAAGACGAUUUUGCUGAUUUGGCUGAUGAGAAGUUAGUUUGGAAAACAUUCAAUUGAAAAACAAAACAGAUUGAAAAUAUAACUUCAAUAGAAAUAAGAAUCUAACACAAUCAGUUCACCAAUUACAUGACAGUUACCACUUCACGCGGGUUUAUUAGCUUCAUUAUUACCUUCACAGUUUCUUCACUAUUGCUUAAAAAGGUUUUUUUAUUGCCAAAUACAUUUAAUGUAGUAAUACUUUUUUAUUUUGUAAUUUUAACUUUUAAACUCGAUCAUCACAAUUCACAAACUGUGUAUUUAGUAUUUAAGUCUUAAUUAAGUAUAUUCAGUAAUGCAUAAAGAGAUAAAAGAAAUAUGGCCAUAUAUCAAAUAUCUGUUCAUCACCUUCAAUGUAUGAUCAUCUCAUUUACGUGUUAUCAUAAUGUUCUCACUAGAAUUUAAGUAUUAUUGUUGUCAAAGACAAAGUAUAAAUUGAAUUGUAAUGCAAGCAAAUUUUGUAAUAAAAUACGUAUUUGAGAAUUCA